CCUUUUCAAAGAAAAGAUGGUUCCGAAUUUUUACACUUGAAUUAUGUCAAAUAUUUGCAAGUGGAAAAAAGAUCUGUGAACAAAAUGUGGCCGAAAUUGCUUGACCUCUCUCGAGAGGAUUCUAAGCGCAUCUUGCGCAGAGUUGAACUUGACGCCUACUCGGGCGUGGUGUCUGCCUUCAGAGCACAAGGUGAUCUGACAAAGGACAAAAAGAAGCUUCUACAAGAAUUACAGCAUAUUCUCAGUAUAUCAACUGAGCGCCAUCGUGCUGAGGUCAGAAGAGCUGUGAAUGAUGAAAAGCUGACCACUGUUGCAGACAGUUUGUCGUCGACAAAUAUCAGUUCGGAAUGGCUGAUAGAAGGACGGCGCCUCAUUCCGUUGAUGCCAAGGCUCGUGCCGCAGACGGCGUUCACCGGACUGGCGAAUAAUGCAGCAACGAUGCAGCUUGAGAAGAAUGCAAUAAUGCCGUCGCCUUCAUCAACAGGUUGUAAAGAUGCAUUUGGACAAAUUAUAUCGGUGUCUACUCCUGCUACGACACCCACAGCCACCGUGGCAAAAGUCGGGAGGCCAGCGAGCCCGACAUCAAACGUGGUAGUCCUACCAAGCGGGAUGUCCAUCCACAUCAAAGGCGGCCUCAACACGGAAGAAGAUGAUGAAAUCCGCGGCAAGAAACGACGACGGAGCAGCUCGGCGGAGGGAAUGGUGGCCUUGGCCAAUAUGGCCAGGACGGCCGGAUAUCCGAUGGCCUCCACGGCACCGAAGCUCCAAUAUUCUCACCCAGGUUCUAUAGUGUCGUCGUCGAAUACGAUUCAGGGAAUCACUCCCAUGAAAAUCACGUUCACGAAGAGCCCGUCGAGGUCUCACACAACUGUCACUCCUUCACAAAAGGUCAUAUUGGUGUCUACCAAUUCUGUUGCGAAUUCACACUCUUCAAGUGUCCUGCAGAAGUCAAUGUCUGUGCCUGUUGUGAAAUCUUCAGCUGUGACGGUCACCACCACGACGUCUGCUCACAUGCAGCCAAAGACGUCUAUUUUGAUGCCGUCGACGUCGGUGAACUCGUCAGCCAAUGGGAACUUAGGAAAUAUUGGUACCGUGGCGACUUCGAAUAAUUUAAAUGCACCGGGGACUUCCACUUCAUCAGCAAUCGGAACGUCUGCCACAACGCUUCUGACAUCUGCAUACAGCUUUGCCAAGACAAAGCCAAAGACGGUCACGCGGCAAAGAACGCCUCCUAUCCAAGGAGCGCAGAAACCUGGCGUCGUGAUCCCAAUGGGGCCUCAAUCGUCGUCUAAUCCAUCACUCCAGGGAAUUCAGAUUAAGCCGAUUAGCAAUAAGCCAACAAUACAAAUAAAACAAGAGGGAGGUAUGAAAAUCAUCACCCAUGCCAUAUCGAACACUCCUGGUAAAUUAUUACCUAAACCGGCACAAUUCUCGCAUGGAGGCUCAUCACCUGUUGUUGUUGUUUCCAAUAGCAACCCUUCUUCCAUUGCCAUGGUUACCAAAGCCAUCUCUUCAGGUUCAUCUCUCGCGGGAAAGGUGCUCAACAUAACGACAGCGGGCGGGAAAGUGAUCGCCACGACGACCAAAACCACGCCCAACGUAGUGACGGUCAAUCCAAAAACGCUGCAGAUCACUGGAGUCAAGACGUCGGGCACGUCAACGCCGCUAAAGAUGUCGGGCCACAUGGGGAACAAGCCGAACGUCAUUGUCGUCCAGAAAGCUCAUCCAAAACAGGUGCUGUCCCUUACGGGGCAAGGCAAGGCGAGUAACAGCCCUUUUGAAAAGGAGUUGGUGAGUUUCAUUCAGAAGCAAGACGCACACAAAGUUGAAAAGGUCGGUGGCCAGAUGAUAAACAUUGUGCCAUCGGUCGUACGCGUUGAGAAAAAGAUUAUACAGAAGCCGUCGAUUGACCUCACCAAGAAGGUAAGGAUAGGACAUGUUCAGGUUCGUCCUCGGUCAGACAGUGACACAUCAGGCAAAUCGUCAUUACUAGCAGAGCUGAUUCAUGCAGCUGGGAUCGCACCCGAUGGUGGAUCGGGCUCAAAUUCUGGUCCGGGUACCCCAACGAUAUCAGAAGAAAUACCUAGCUCUCAGACUCCAGGUCAACAACUGCCACUGAACGAGUGGGUCGACUAUGAUGUGAACCCGGAUGACCAGGCAUCAGCACAGCCGCAGGAGGGCCUCUCAGCCAUCAGGGCCUUGUUAAAAGUGCAUAAUGCCAGCGGGAGUGAGCAGCCAGCGCGUCAAACCACAGUCGAUAUCAAUCAGUUAUCCCAGCUGCAGUUACAACAGGGAGAAUUCUUAAAUAUAGACCAAGCUGCCAGUAUCCUAAAACAGAUGUCUCAGGGCGAAUCAAGUUCGAGUAGCUCACAAAAUUAUGUACAGUAUCUUCAGAAUCCUUCUCAGGCAGAGGAGCAGCAGACCAAAGUCAUUGUCAUGAACACAACAAACAAUAACCCAUCGCAAUCGGAGGUAUCGAGUGAACUUGACCCACAAACUGGUUUAUUCAUGCCCUCGUCGGGGCGUAUUAAAGUGCUCGAACAAUCGGAUAAAACAGAGGCAAAAACAAAAGCAGACGGUUCGAAACAGCCAAUGGAUAUUUUUAGUAGUGCAAUAGCGGAAGCUCAAAUAGACUUAGAUACGUAUCAAUUCGAUAUGGACGACGAGGAGAACUUACGGAAAUUUCAAAGUCCGCAAGUUAUGGAGAUGUUGAAUCAAAUCGAAGGGAACACGAUAGACCAGCCGGCUCAACAGGGGAUGGUUAGUGUUUUAACGGGGAGUUCGUCGAGUAGCGUGGUAUCGCAGGCGAAUACAACAUUGGUGACGUCAGCGGCGCCAUCGUCGCAAGCUUCGACCACAGUGACGUCACAGCCAAACCAAGUGGCGACGAGUCGACCUGUGGAGGUCCAGCAAGGCCAGGGUGAUGCCAAACAAACGUACAUCACAUUUCAAGAGGUCUCGCAAGGACCAAAUAGUGAAGUUGUUGCCAUAGUCUCAAGGGGGAAUGUUCAGGUGAUAGAACAGCCAAUAGUAGCUAGAAAUGUCGCCGUGACGGUUGAACCAAGCGGUUUAGACGCUUCUCACAUGAAGAUGGAAGACUUCACUAGUCAGCGGUUGGAUUCACGGCAGGAGGUCGACGAUGGAGGAUUCAGUGAAGAGGAAAGUAGUUCCGACAGCCAACACGACGUGCGACUCAGCAAGCGAAAGCGGAAACCACCAGCAGCCAUAGACGACAGUCCGCCCCCUCCACCGUCGUUAGGGGGGUGGGUGCGAGCAGCCUUGGGAUUAUUACAACGGGUGGCAAAAUACCGAGGCACGAAUCGAGAGAAGGGCGAAAUCAAUGCAGCUGCGUGGUUCUUGAGGCCAGUGGAUCCUAAUGAUGCACCUGGCUAUUACGAAAUCGUCAAAACUCCAAUGGAUUUCAGCACAAUAAGGAGAAAACUCGAGACCGGUCAGUACUCAACGAUAGAAGACUUCCACCACGAUAUGGUAUUAAUACGCGACAACUGUUACCUAUAUAACCCACCUGACCAUGAAGUACGCCGGGACUGUGACGACGUUUAUAGGUUUUAUAUUCCCGAAUACGAGAGAAUGGUCGACCGAUUACGGAAGGAGCCUGCUAUGUACCUCGUGCCACAACCAAACGUACAGACGCUUUUACAACAAUAUGACGCCGUAGAGGCUGGAAUGGUGUCGCCUGUGUCGAAAAAGCCACGCUUGGAGACGAAAAGCCCCAUUAAACUUGUGCCGUGAUAAUACGUGGACACGUCAGAUGUUCAAAUACUCAUGAAUUGUUGUGGACGUGUUGUGAGGUCAACUUCCAACCUGCUGUCAGGUGUUUUGAAAGAAUGUGGAAUGAUCGGAAUCAGGGCCAAUAGAGACGGGAUUUCGAAAUAGUAGGACUACGGUCGCAAGUCAUUAGAUAUUCACCUUUGUGUACCGAAGUUGGCUACAUAGCAACCUGCUCUCCUAUUUUGGUGAAGAAACGUUAUGAACUUUUGCUGGGCAACUUCAAAAUACUUGGACGGACCUCAGAUGGACUAUGGUUGCAAGUCAUAAGACAUUUGCCUGUAAAUGGGUUAUGAGAUUUUAGAAAUAUCAUCCUGAGCUAGUUGAACUCGAGACGGACUGUUAAGCGUGGAGUGCUGAAAGUAAUUCUUCUCGAAGAUGUUUUUAAUGGUGGUAUGGCGAAAUCGUGAACACGCUGCUCUUUCCGUGAAAGAGUUUGUAGUUACCUAUCGUUUUAAAUAGGCUGAAUGUUUGAGGUUACUCUGAAUGAUGUUGACGUUUGGAAAGACGUCGAUCUCUUAUCUCGUUUUGGAGUAUUUGAUUCAAUAUUGCCCGGUGUUUUGUGACAAGUCUCCUUGUUUUAAAGAAUUCCCAGCCAAUCCCAGAAUCGUAUAGUUUUUGAAGUAACCCCCUGUUUUGUUCAUGUGUUGAACUGUUCGAAUAUCAGUGUAUUGUUUUUUGGCUCUAAUUUUCUGAGCAUGUGUGACCCGAAAUCUUGGCUUUGGCCUUUCGAGGAUUUCAAUGAAUUUUGUAUCUUGUGAAUGCCUGCACACAGACUAUAAAGGCUUGAAGAUAAGUCCAAUUUGAAAGUGACAACCUACAGUCUACACAGGGUAAAACGAACUUGUAUCAAACAUCGGCAAUUAAACAUGGACUUGCAUAUUACUUUGGGCAUUUGCAGAAAUGAAGGGAGAUUUUUUAUAGCAGGAAAUUGCGAGGUUUUGGUACAAAACUUAAAAUGAAUAUAUUUGUACAUUGUAAACAUGUAAAUAGGAGCCUUCCACUGCCUUUAUGAUCCUGUAAAUAUUGUAUUAUUUUUAUACAUGUAGUGAAAUCCUCUCUCCACUGUUAUCUGUCUCUUUCAUUAUUCAUCUCUAGUUCGAUGUAAAGGAACUUUGGUCGCAGUCGUUGCAGACUCCAGUAAGUCUCUACACUCGGUACACAUUCGCCCACUCGUUUGAACAAGGGACUUCAUGUGGCACAUUUGACCAUGGUCCGAGACAGAAUGUGAGAGCUGUACAGUUAUAGCCCUGGUACAAUGGGUGAUAUGAAUAAAGACUAGCAAAUGCUUUUAUCUAAAACUCCAUGUACAUUCACACUAGGCCUUUCUGUACAAAAUUGAAGUAAAAGCAUUUGCUAGUCUUUAUUCAUAUCACCCAAUGAUAGAUAGCCUCUGUGUGCACUGUCUAUUACCAGCUGGUUUCUUCACCGUGGGGCUACAAUUUUACCAGGGCCGUACUUAUGCAACUUUACGCAUAAGUGUACACUCACUGUGGCCAGGCUUAUGAAAGGUUGUUGGCAUUUUGUCUUGUUCUUUGUGAGGGAUUAUCUGUUGAGUUUAAUAUUCUUAGUCUUGUCCCUUUGAUGUAAUUAUCAGGAGCAAAAACUUGUCUGGCGAAACAACUUUGUCUUCACAUCUAUUUCACCGGGCUGAUUUUAAAAUGAUUCAUAUUUGGGAAAUGUGUUCAAAAUUUCAUGGUUUCAGUUCGGAAAAACAGGCAGCAGUCACUUUAAAUGAUUUAUGAUAGAAAAUAGGGCCAUCUUCUGGUUAUAUCAAAGUCGAGUAAAUCAAAAAAGGAUUAGCUCAGAACUAAAAAUGUGGUAACAGGCAUUUUCAUGUGCUGAGGUAAAUGGAAGUACAUGUUAGUUGGCCCCUGCUAGAUGAACAGUACGUUAUUUUGUUGGAAGGCUCCAUCAACACAGCUAAUCAACAUUAAAAAAGUGCUCCCAGGACUGGUAAGCUGUGAGGUCUGUCUGAUACUUGGCAAGCUUGGGAAGAGAUAUCCAGGGUGACAAUGAGAAGGCGAGCUUUCAGCCAUAUACCUCGAGCACAAUUAUGUUUUUUCUCGAUCCAACUUGGUAUUUAUCCAAAAGAUGGCCCCAUCUAAUGUGAAUAUGUUCUCAAAUGAUCUGUUCUUAAAGUUUAUUCAAAUGAAUAUUGAUCCUGAGUUUAUAAUUCAUUAGGUUAGGAACGAUGGCUUUCUAAUCAUCAAUGUUAUUGUGAAAUUUUAUACUGUACAUUUGCAUGAAAUACUGUGUACAUUUAUUUUGUAAUAAACCAUGAACUAUAUAAAAGAAA